AUGUACAGAGGAAAGCUCAAGGAUGGGUCUCAGAUCGCCGUCAAAUGUGUUAGAAAGCUGAACGGUCAGAAUCUGACAGCUGAACUCUGGAGGGAGCUUGAGACUCUUGAGAAGAUUGAGCAUAGGAAUCUGGCGAGGCUCUUCGGAUUCUUUGAGCGCACAGCUGACAGUCUCGUCGUAGUUGAGUAUGUCAGCAAUGGUUCCUUGAGGGAACAUUUGGAUGAAUCCUGUGGAAAUGGUUUAGAACUCGCGCAACGGCUCAACAUCGCGAUCGACGUUGCUCAGGGCAUCACCUACCUGCACGAGUACAAAGAGCAUCCGGUCAUCCAUGGAGGCAUCCGGUCGUCGAGCGUGCUGCUGACCGACGCACUGACGGCGAAGGUGGCCGGCUUUGGGCUGGCCGGGACGGCGGCCUCGGGCUCGGGCUCAGGCUCAGGCUCGGAUGCAACGCCGGCGAAGGGCGCUGCCGGGUACGUGGACCCGGAGUACCUGAGCACGUACCAGCUGACCGACAAGAGCGACGUGUACGCCUUCGGCGUCCUCCUCGUCGAGCUCGUCACCGGCCGGCCGCCCAUCGAACGCAGCCGCGGCGGCGAGGCCCGGCUCACCACCAGAUGGGUAAGAAAAGAAACAAACAAUCCGAGAAUUGCAUAUGUAAGCGCAGAGCUGCGAUGCUCACAGCCAUGCCGUGGCCGUGCCAUGCAGGCGUUGCAGAGGUGCAGGGCAGGGGAAGCCGUGGUGGCCAUGGACCCCAGGAUGCGGCGGAGCCCGGCGUCGGUGGCCGCGGUGGAGAGGACGCUGGCGCUGGCAGCGCAGUGCGUGGCGACGGCCAGGGAUGACCGGCCGUCGAUGCGGCGGUGCAGCGAGCUGCUGUGGGCCAUCCGGAGAGACUACCACCGCCAGGAUGAGCCGCGCUGCGCCGCCGUCGCGGAGGAACGAAGCGACGAGUGGUUCGUGAGGUAG